UGGAGUGGAGGCCAAGGCGGAGGCGCGGGCGCGGGCGCGGGCGCUACAGCGAUUCCGGCGAGCGGCGGCCGUGGCCGUGAAUCUCCGGAGAAUGCCGCUGCGAUGAUCCGCGCAGCGGCGCCUUGAUCGCUUCCCGGGCGUGCGAAGAUCGCUGUGCAUUGUCGAGCGAGUCAGGGGAAACGCCUUCCAAAUGGGGAAGAAGAAGUGGUUCUCUGCCGUGAAAAAGGCAUUUGGAUCGCCCUCCAAAAAUGAAAAGGAGAAAACCGACACCUCGUCCGUCAAGGAGUCGGAAAAAUUAGAUAACAAUAAUAGAAAACAGAUCCAGGAUGAAAACCAAAACCAAAAAAAAUGGAAUGGUGCAACGGAUGAUAAUUCGGUACUUCAAACCGAAGACGAGCAAAGCAAGCAUGCGAUGGCUGUUGCUGUUGCUACUGCUGCGGCGGCCGAGGCUGCUGUUGCUGCUGCUCAGGCGGCCGCUGCUGUCGUUCGACUUACUGGUGGACGACCGUCUGUCCAUGGUGGAAAACCGAAAGAGGAGUGGGCCGCUGUGAAGAUCCAGACUGCCUUUCGAGGAUAUCUGGCUCGACGUGCACUGCGUGCCUUGAGAGGUCUGGUAAGGCUACAAGCUUUGGUUCGCGGGCAUGCCGUCCGUCGUCAGGCAACUAUGACGUUACGAUGCAUGCAAGCUCUUGUGCGCGUCCAAGCUCGGGUACGUGCAAGAAGAGUCAGGAUGGCGGAAGAAUCUCAAACUCUGAAGAAUCAAGUUUGGCAAAAGCGACUCGAGGAACAAGAAGCGCUUCCUGACGUUGAGGCGAGUGUGGAAGUUUGGGAUCACAGCGUGAAGACUGCCGAGGAAAUUCAAGCUAAGAUGCAAAGCAAACAGGAAGCUGCCAUGAAAAGAGAGAGAGCUCUGGCCUACGCUUUUUCUCACCAACUGUGGAGAUCGGAACCAAAAGAUGCUUCUGCUAUGUAUCUGGAUGGCGAUCCAGAAAAGUCACACUGGGGAUGGAGCUGGUUAGAGCGGUGGAUGACUGCUCGGCCGUGGGAGGGCCGUGCUAUGGAGAAAGAUGCUCCCGAUGGCUUCUCUCUAAAGAGCAACGAGGACGUGGUAACUAAAAUACUAGAGGUUGAUUCCGGGCGGUUUAGUUCAAGCGGCAGGCGGAAGCAGGAAAACGAGCUGAAUAGUCCCAGUCUCACGAACAAAAGCAACGGGAACCACACACCAUCCGCGAGAGGAAUGCUUCACUCGGCCAGUCCAAGAAGUACGCGUUUGGUCGACGACAGGACGCCCCGAAGUACAAUAAACAAUAGCUUGCCAGCUAUUGCUGUGAAACAUCCCAACAAUUCGAGCAUUUCAAGUUCAGUCAGGGAUGACGAGAGCCUUGCGAGCUAUCCUUCGGUUCCAAGCUACAUGGCACCGACAGAAUCCACAAGAGCUCGGUCCCGCUCCAGCAGUACUCCCAAGCAAAGGCCUGCAACUCCAGACAAGGAUGCAGCGAAGAAAAGACUCUCAUAUCCUUUGGCUGACGGCGUUGUUCCAAACUCCGGACCUUUACGUUCUACCAGAAACAGCGGAAUCACGCAGAAGAGUCCGGGACUGAAAGGCAAGCCGACAGGGAUGUCUCUUCAGGAUAGCAUCGGCUCGGAUGCUCCACUGCUGGGAGAGGACACGAAACGUUUUAGAUGAAGAAGAAAAAGAAAAACAUGACGCGGUAGUGCUCGAGGUGAUGCAGCCAGGAAUAAAGUCUUGGGCUUGCGGAGGUGAAUGCCGAGAUUGGGAAAUGUUUACUGUAAAGCUUCUGCUUUCUUUCACUGCUUUCCUAUUUUGCUAACAGUGUGCAACUAUCAUUUGUUCUUACUUUUGCUUUCUUACUUACCUCAGGUGACUAGAAGCGCUUGAACAAUGGACGGUAUGUAUGACUGCAUAAUUUUGUUUUUCUUUCUGAUGGGUGUGUUUCUGGAUCUGCAGGUUUAAAGCCUCCAGAAAUUGAGCUGCUUCUUUGGCGAUGUGCUAGACUUUGGAAAAGGUCGGAAGAGCUCGCGACCACCUCUGUAGCACCUGGUGUCUGCUAUCUGGACGGGAGAAGCAACGGAAAACUUUGAUGGACUGGAAAGUUUGGGAAGCUUCUGACGUCCAGGACUCAGGAUAGGAAGCAAGUGAUCAUCCACCGACCCAGCCGAGAGUUGAGAUUUUCUGGACAAGGCGUCGUUGUUGCUGCUGCUGACGAAAGACAACAUUCCGGAGCUCGCGGCGUUGUGAUAUGACACGACUUUUUUCCUCGGAGCGUCCCCGGACUUUGGAGAAGGGAACUGGAAGAGUUUUGCUCCCUUCGAUCUGGAGUUUCUGAGAGAGCUGGAUCUUCCCAGUGCGUCCUUGCAGCUUGUUUUGAUGACACCGGGACUACGUUCUGUACAUGAUCCCGACUUCAUCACCGCUGAGGCGCAGCGAGCUUGAUUGUUUUGGAGCUUUCCUGGUGGAGCUGGAGCUCUUUCUCCAUAAGUGAGACGAUGGUCCCCUUGGCUCCAAUUGCAACUGGUCCAGCCUUGUCGUCGAUGGAGCUCUCCAUAAUGUUCCCACACCAAAGAUACGCUCCUCUCAGCUUCUUCCACUGCUCAACUUACCGUGAGUUCCUUUCCAGUUUUUCCUGUGGAUCCCCCGCUGUUGCCAGGUUGCCCCCGGCAUCUACUGCUGUCUAUUCCGCGGAGUGAAGAGCAGGGAGGAAACUUUCAACCAGCGGAAUAAUGGUGUCACAGGAAGAACACUCUCGGCAGCAAAGCAACACACUCAGCAGCAAUCAAGUCGAUGAUAUAGUGGAAGUAAAUGCGGAGCUGCAAGGACACACACACUCACAAGCCACAGUUCAAGCGCUCUUUUAGCUACUGAUGACUGAGCUCUUUCCCGAAAUGCACGCCAUACCAACCAGCAACAACGAACUCUUCCGCGCUAGCCGAAGGGAUAUGAAAGCGAAGUGUGAGCAGAGGUCGCAGCUCUGGAGGAGGAGGAGGUGUAGAGGAAUCAAAUCACUCGCAUUGCAGGCUUAGCUUAUCGCAGCAGUGCAGGGGACAGGGUGACAGAGGCGGACAAGAAAAACAAAGCGCGCCGAGGCAAAACGAAGCACAGCGCGGCCAAGGCAAAGCGAAGCUCGAGAAAUCACAUGCAAGGCCUUUCGGCCCAGCGCGAAAGCGAGCUUUCUCCUUGUCGCUACUUGUGGCAGAUUAAGCGGAAGAUGGGAUUGAAUAGAAGCGAAGUUUUCAAGCA